CAAGAAACAAAGUGGAUUACAAAUUCACAACGAUCUACACAGAUUCAUAAUAUAAAUCCCCCUUCACUCAAAAAAAACCCAAACCUAAAGAACAUGCCAAGAAACGAUGCACACUAACAACAACAACUCACAAGCUACCACCACCACCACCGCCAUGAGCAUUCUCUCUUCCCGAACAAGCUCCCGUUCCGUAACCGAAACCGUAAACGGUUCACACAAAUUCGUAAUCAAAGGCUACUCACUCGCUAAAGGAAUGGGAGUCGGAAAACACAUAGCCAGCGAGACUUUCACCGUCGGUGGUUACCAGUGGGCAAUUUACUUCUACCCCGACGGUAAAAACCCCGAGGAUAAUUCCGCGUAUGUUUCCGUUUUCAUUGCGCUUGCUUCCGAAGGAACAGAUGUUCGUGCUCUUUUUGAACUCACGCUGCUUGAUCAGAGUCCGAAUGGAAAGCAUAAGGUUCAUAGUCACUUUGAUCGAUCUCUUGAGAGUGGGCCUUAUACUCUCAAGUAUAGAGGCAGCAUGUGGGGAUAUAAGCGGUUUUUUAAACGUGCUCAACUCGAGGCGUCAUCCUUUCUUAAGGAUGACUGUUUGAAGAUAAAUUGCACUGUUGGUGUUGUUGUGUCGUCUAUAGAUUGUUCUAAAUUGACUACCAUACAUGUUCCUGAAUCUGAUAUUGGAUCGCAUUUCGGCAUGCUGUUAGAGAACGAGGAAGGCUCUGAUGUUACUUUCUCUGUUGGCGGAGAAAGGUUUCACGCACAUAAACUUGUUAUGGCAGCUCGGUCAACUGCAUUUGAAACUGAGUUUUUCAAUAGGAUGGAGGCAGAUGAUUGUGAUGUUGUUGUUACGGACAUGGAACCUAAGGUUUUCAAGGCUUUGCUUCAUUUUAUUUAUAGAGACGCACUUAUAGAAGAUGAAGAGUUCUUCAUGUCAGGUUCAUCGUUCAUGCCUUCAAUAUCUGAAACAUUUGCAGCAAAGUUAUUAGCUGCUGCCGAAAAGUAUGACUUGCCUAGACUUAAGCUGAUGUGUGAGUCUGUACUUUGUAAAGAUAUAUCUAUAGAUUCUGUUGCCUAUAUUCUGGCUCUUGCCGAUCGUCAUCAUGCUACGGAGUUAAAGUCCAUAUGUCUACAAUUUUCAGCUGAAAACCUUAUUGGUUGACUGUUUCCCCGAUGGGUUGGUAGAGUCAGAUUGACAUGGUGAUGAGACAGCUGGGGAGCCUCAGAGUUGCUCAGUAUGUAGCUUGGGCGUGGGAGUAAAGACAGUUAUUCUUUGGGUGUUCUAAGCUCACAUGAAGAACCGAUAAUCAUCCGAAGAAAGAACUGAAGAAAAAGUUGGAUUGCAUGGAUCUGUUUGGGUUGUGUGCUGUGAUGGGGCAGUGAUGCAAGGAUGGGAUUGUACGCAAGUGAAGUUACCACACUGCUUUUGUCAAAUGCCACAAUGUUGGCCAAAUGUUAGGGUUUUAUUAGCAUUCAGUCAGAGUUACAAAAUUGGGAUCUAACUUGUAAUUCCUAACAGGCUUACACAAGUUCACCUGUGUUAGCCUGUGGGAGUUUAGUAAACACGACUGGUAUCGAAAAUGGAAAUAUUUUAAAACAGGAAUAAAGGCUUGUUUGGUAUCCAUUAGAAUUGAAUCACUGACAACCAAAACACUAAAUUUGACUUCACGGUUUUCGUUAGAGUUGUGGGGCUUGAUGUUGGCUUUAUAUGGCACCGGUCUCAUGAACCCGUAUAACUGUAUAGAUGAGUCAAAUUGUGGCAACAUGGUUCAAGCUUUUAGCUUCAGGACUUUUGUGCUAUUUCUGGGAAAUUUAAUUUCCAGAAGAACUUGAUUUAGGCAUUGGGCUCUUCAACUGUGAUAUGGUUGUUAGCUUUUAAAUGUAGCAAGAAAUGUGUUCAUCAGAAUGCCUAGGUCAUGUUUCCAUCGUCAUGAAUUUGUGCUCUGCUCUUAAGCAUUAUAAGUUGUUUAUAUUCAAGUCUUCAAUUCUUCACUCUUGUCAUAGACUUGUGACUUGUUCACUUUGCUUUUUAUUAAAGGAGUAGAUCAUACUUCUUCCUGAUAUUUUUCAAAAGCACCUCAUCCUGGAUAAUAUCUGUUUAUUUUCCGUGAUUUUUAUUUUUAGUGUUUGCCUAAAAUCAAGAAACGACCAAGUAGUGUCCCUC